AUGUCUCGCAUUCUUCGACCCGCAGCUCGCCUCGCUGCUUCGACUCGAGCUAUCCGUGCUCCCGUUGCUCCUUCGGCUGCUCAGUCUGCCAUCACCCGCGCUGCUCUUGCGCGACCCGUUGUUUUCGGUUCCGCCCAGACCCGAUCCUACGCCGACAACAGCUCCGGCGUCAAGGAGUACACCGUCCGAGAUGCGCUCAACGAGGCUCUCGCUGAGGAGCUCGAGCAAAACGAGAAGGUCUUCAUUCUCGGAGAGGAGGUUGCCCAAUACAACGGUGCCUACAAGGUGACCAAGGGUCUUCUCGACCGCUUCGGUGACAAGCGUGUCAUUGACACCCCCAUCACCGAGUCUGGUUUCUGUGGUCUCGCUGUCGGUGCUGCCCUCAGUGGUCUUCAUCCCGUUUGUGAGUUUAUGACCUUCAACUUUGCUAUGCAGGCUAUCGAUCAGGUUAUCAACUCUGCCGCCAAGACCCUCUACAUGUCUGGUGGUAUCCAGCCCUGCAACAUCACCUUCCGUGGUCCCAACGGUUUCGCUGCUGGUGUUGCCGCUCAGCACUCCCAGGACUACUCCGCCUGGUACGGCAGCAUUCCUGGUCUCAAGGUCGUUUCUCCCUGGAGCGCCGAGGAUGCCAAGGGUCUCUUGAAGGCCGCCAUCCGUGACCCCAACCCCGUCGUUGUUCUCGAGAACGAGUUGAUGUAUGGUCAGAGCUUCCCCAUGUCCGAGGCUGCCCAGAAGGACGACUUCGUCAUUCCCUUCGGCAAGGCCAAGAUUGAGCGAUCCGGCAAGGACCUGACCAUCGUGUCCCUCAGCCGCACUGUUGGCCAGUCUCUGGUUGCCGCUGAGAACCUCAAGAAAAAGUACGGUGUUGAAGCCGAGGUCAUCAACCUGCGAUCCAUCAAGCCUCUUGAUGUUGAGACCAUCAUCCAGUCUGUUAAGAAGACACACCGUCUUCUAUCCGUCGAGUCUGGCUACCCUGCCUUCGGUGUCGGAUCUGAGAUCCUUGCCUUGACAAUGGAGUACGGUUUCGACUAUCUCGAUGCCCCUGCUGCUCGAGUCACUGGCGCUGAGGUCCCUACCCCUUAUGCUCAGAAGCUUGAGGAGAUGUCCUUCCCUACUGAGAAGUUGAUUGAGGACUACGCUGCCAAGGUUCUUCGUCUGUAA